UAUUACGUAGCUAUUAAAGUUACAUAUUUUGUUUCAAAUAUCGCGCUCUUUUCAAACAUAACCUGACAGUUGUUCGUCGAUCGAUCGAAAAAUACAGAAAUUGAGUGUAAAAAAUACUUGAAACAAUGGUUUUGUGCAACGUCCAAUGUUUAGAGAGGAUUUCAAAUUAUUUGGAUGUAUCGCCGGUGCAAUUGGAAAUGCACGAAAAUGUAAUUGUUAGUACGGAACGAACGUCUAAUAAAACGAUUGAAGGAUUUAGUACUAUAAUUCAAUCAUUAAUCAAGAAUUCUAGAUGCCCUGACAUACUUGGCAAUAGUAAUGAAAUAGAAGCUUUGUCGCGUCAAUGGCUCGAAUACGCAGUUGUCUGUGUCAAUUACGCUGAUACUCCAGCUAACGCAAAGAGGAUUCUGCAGGAAUUAAAUACCGCUUUGAGGGACAACACUUACUUAACUGGAACAAGGAAAACCAUAGCUGACAUAACAUUGUAUUAUGCCUUACAUUCAAUAAUGCAAGAGUUAAGUCACCAGGAGAAGGCUCAGUAUGUUCAUGUAUCAAGGUGGUUUGAUAACAUGCAACAAGAAAAAGAAUUAAGACAGCAAUUAGACUUAAUUUCUUUCGAUUUGUUACAUUUAUUCUUAUGA